UUAAAAUAUUAUUAUUAUUAUCCUAAAAUGAAAUACCUAAACACUACAGCAAAGGUUCCCAUCCCUGACAAUGUCACCAUCAAGAUCAAGUCCAGAGUUAUCACCGUCAAGGGACCUAAAGGAGAAGUCGUCAAGGAUAUCAGCCACAUGCCACUCGAUAUCAAGAUCGUAGACUCUGAGAAGGAGGAAGUCAAGAAGGAAGUAUCCAUUACCAGAUGGUUCUCUAAUUAUAGAGGAAGACCUCUCGUCAAGACCUGCGCAGGUGUCUUCAAGAACAUGUUUGCUGGAGUUACCAGAGGAUUCAGAUACAAGAUGAGAUGUGUCACUGCACAUUUCCCAUUAAAAAUCCAAAUUGCUAAAGGAGGAGAGUCUGUUGAAUUCAAGAACUUCUUGGGUGGUGCUCAAGCCAAGGUCGUCGUCAUGAAGCCAGGAGUAACAAUCAAAAUGGGUCCAAAGAUUAAGGAUGAGCUCGUCAUUGAAGGUGUCGAUGUUGACUACGUCUCCCAAACAGCUGCUCUCAUCAACCAGUGUGUCAAUGUUGGAAAUAAAGAUGUUAGAAAAUUCCUUGACGGAAUCUACGUCUCUGAAAAGACCUUCCAAGAUGAAGAUGCUGAAUAAAUAUGGAAAUAUUAAUGCUAAAACUCCAAACUGCUAAUAAUUUCCUC